AGGGCAUUGUGCAGCAGUGUGCCACUCACUCAACUCGCAUAUCCCCUCCCCUCCUCUUCACAUUACUUACAUAUCUAUAUCUAUAUAUACACACACAAUCUCUAUAGGUGUAACUAAGAGCCAGCCCCGAGUCGCCUCAUCUUCAUCGUAAUCACCAAAUGGACGGCGUGGAUUCAACCAGAGCUUUUCUCAAAGACGUUAAGCGUCUCGUUGUCAAGGUUGGGACAGCUGUUGUAACCCGAGGUGAUGGAAGAUUGGCGGUUGGAAGAUUAGGAGCACUUUGUGAGCAGAUUCAGGAACUUAAUACUCAAGGGUAUGAGGUUAUUUUGGUUACAUCAGGUGCAGUUGGUGUUGGCCGCCAACGACUCAGAUACAGGAAAUUAGUCAACAGCAGCUUCGCUGACCUCCAAAAGCCACAAGCUGAGCUUGAUGGAAAGGCUUGUGCAGCUGUUGGACAAAAUGGUCUUAUGGCUAUCUAUGAUACAUUAUUCAGUCAGCUGGAUGUGACAUCAGCGCAGCUGCUUGUAACCGAUAAUGAUUUUAGAGACUCAGAUUUCAGGAAGCAGCUAACAGAAACUGUGAAGUCACUGUUGUCUUUAAAAGUUGUUCCUAUAUUUAAUGAAAAUGAUGCAGUCAGCACCAGGAAAGCUCCUUACGAGGACUCCUCUGGUAUAUUUUGGGACAAUGACAGUCUGGCUGCUCUGCUAGCUUUGGAGCUCAAAGCUGACCUGCUUGUUUUGUUGAGUGAUGUUGACGGUCUUUAUAGUGGACCGCCUAGUGAUCCUAGGUCAAAGCUUAUCCAUACAUACGUUAAGGAAAAACUUGAGGGAGUUAUUACCUUUGGAGAAAAGUCUCGGUUGGGAAGAGGAGGCAUGACUGCUAAAGUGAAAGCCGCUGUCUAUGCAGCUUAUGCAGGCAUUCCUGUUGUUAUAACCAGUGGCUUUGCCGGCGGUAAUAUCAUCAAAGUUCUUCGAGGAGAACGUGUAGGUACCCUCUUCCAUAGAGAUGCACAUAAAUGGGUACCAAUGGAGCAUGAAGGCGUGCGUGAGAUGGCUGUUGCUGCUAGAGAGAGUUCCAGAAGGCUUCAGGCCAUUUCCUCACAAGAAAGGAGUCGGAUAUUGCUAGACAUAGCAGAUGCUCUUCAAGCAAAUGAAAAACAAAUAUUAGCUGAAAAUGAAGCUGAUGUAGCUGCUGCUCAAAUGGCUGGAUAUGAGAAAUCAUUGAUAUCUCGAUUGGCCAUGAAGCCUGAGAAGGUGUCAAGUCUAGCAAAAGCUAUUCGUGUACUUGCAAAUAUGGAGGAGCCAAUUGGUCGUGUUUUGACAAAAACCGAGAUUGCAGAAGGACUUGUCUUAGAGAAGACUUCCUCUCCUUUAGGUGUGCUUCUAAUAAUAUUUGAGUCACGGCCAGAAGCAUUAGUUCAGAUAGCAUCGUUAGCAAUCCGAUCCGGGAACGGACUUCUUCUGAAAGGUGGAAAAGAGGCCAAGCGAUCAAAUGCAGUCUUGCACAAGGUCAUUACUUCAGCUAUUCCUAAAAGUGUGGGUGAAAAGCUUAUUGGACUUGUGACUACUAGAGAAGAAAUUCCGGAUUUGCUCAAGCUUGAUGAUGUGAUUGAUCUUGUGAUUCCAAGGGGUAGUAAUAAGCUUGUUUCUCAAAUCAAGGCGUCAACGAAAAUUCCUGUCUUGGGGCACUCUGAUGGAAUUUGUCAUGUUUAUGUUGAUAAAUCUGCUAAUAUGGAUAUGGCAAAGCAAAUUGUUUUGGAUGCCAAAACAGAUUAUCCAGCAGCCUGUAAUGCAAUGGAAACACUUCUUGUUCACAAUGAUUUGGUGCAGAGUGGUGUCCUUAACGAGCUUAUCAUGGAGCUCCAGAUCAAAGGUGUUACUGUUUAUGGUGGUCAAAGGGUGAGUUCCUCCAUGAAUAUUCCUGAGGCACCUUCAUUUCAUCACGAGUACAGUUCACUGGCCUGCACAGUUGAGAUUGUGGAUGAUGUGCAUGCUGCCAUUGAUCAUAUACACAAUUAUGGAAGUGCUCACACCGACUGCAUCGUAACAGAAGACCAAGAAACCGCAGAUAUCUUUCUACAUCAAGUCGACAGUGCUGCUGUAUUCUGCAAUGCAAGCACGAGAUUUAGUGAUGGGUUUCGUUUUGGUCUAGGUGCUGAGGUUGGCAUCAGUACAAGCAGAAUUCAUGCUCGUGGACCUGUAGGAGUUGAAGGACUAUUAACAACAAGAUGGAUUGCAAAGGGAAGUGGGCAGAUUGUAGAUGGUGAUAAAGGGGUUGUUUACACUCACAGGGACCUCACUCAAAAGGCUUAAACUUCACAAAAUAUUGGAGGUUCUCCAUGCAGGAAUAGUCGGUGUAGUUUUUUUUCAUAUAUUGGGUUGUGCAGCUUUUGGCUUGUAGCGUCCUCUAUAGUAACUCAUCAGCAAGUAAACUAUGGGUGGAUGGUUCCCUUUAUGUUAGAGAAGUUACAGGCAGUGGAGAAUGUUCGUCGCUGUUGUCUUUACAUGUGUUGUAGUAAUGUAAAAUCAGUAGUCCUCGGUUUAUUUAUUCAACUGUAGCAACAUACCAGUGAAUCUUUGAAAAGCUACGAGAGGUACACUUGAAGAAAUAAUCAUUUGCUCAAUCUUCAAGAUAUUAGGUUAGUUUCCUAGACUUCCACUUUUCAGUGAAGCUGCCUUAGUCUGUGGUUGAUAUGUACUUUGUGUUGUCAUCAGUAAGAAAUUGAUCGGUCGACAAGUUUAUUUCUUGC